AUGCCGAUCAACCAACCCUCUAACCAGAUUAAAUUCACAAAUGUGUCAGUUGUUCGCCUAAAGAAAGGAAAGAAGCGUUUUGAACUAGCUUGCUACAAAAACAAAUUGCUGGAGUACCGAUCUGGUGCUGAAAAAGAUCUCGACAACGUGCUCCAGGUCCCAACCGUUUUUCUUUCCGUAUCAAAGGCCCAGACGGCCCCAUCCGCCGAACUCGCAAAGUCUUUCGGAGCAGACACACCCCGCGAUGAAAUCCUACAAGAAAUUUUGCGCAAAGGCGAAGUGCAGGUCGGCGAACGAGAGCGCAAGGACAUUAUCGAGCGGGUGGAGAAAGAGGUCCUUGAUAUAGUGUCUGGACGACUGGUCGACCCGACCACGAAGCGCGUGUAUACUUCGGGGAUGAUCUCCAAAGCACUAGACCAGCUGACUUCGGCCAGUGGGCAGCAGCAGGGCGCAGACACAAAUGGUGCAAGUGAAGAUCAACCCAAGAAGCCGCUAUGGACAGGUGUUUCUGCCAACAGAUCUGCAAAGAGUCAGGCACUUGAUGCCAUGAAGGCGCUCAUUGCCUGGCAACCCAUCCCUGUGAUGCGCGCUCGAAUGCGCCUACGGGUCACUUGCCCCGUAUCGCUUCUCAAGCAGUCUGUUAAGGCCACCCCCGGUGCGGCUACUGGCAAAGAGAAAGAAGCGCCUUCCGGUGGAUCAAAAUCUAACAAGAAGGGCAAAGGAGGCAAGAAGUCUGCUAAGCGAGGAGAUGAUUCUGACGCUGAAACCGGCGGUGCCUCUGAUGCUGAGGCCGUCCCCAAGGCCCCAGGUACCGUUAAGGACAAGAUUAUGGCGUAUAUUGAGUCGGUCGAAUCCCAAGAAGUGAUUGGAGGGGAUGAGUGGGAGGUGGUUGGAUUCGCUGAACCCGGUGCCUUCAAGGGAUUAAACGAUCUCGUCGGCAAUGAGACUCGAGGCCGAGGACGUGUGGAGGUUUUGGACAUGUCGGUGAAACAUGAGGACUGA